GCCACUCUCUCUUUCAUCUCAAAUUGAAACCAAUUUCUGAAUUCUGACUCCAAUCUCUCUUCUCACGCCUUCCUCCUACAAUUCCUCUCUUCUCUCAAACUCUUGUCACUUCCUCUCCUCUCUACUCUCUCUCUCUCUCAACAAUUCACCCCAAAAGGGAAAUUCUAAAUCCCGUCUUCCUUAAACGCUCUCUCUCUCUCGCUCUCUGCUGCACCAGCAGCUGCCGCCCACUCCACGCCGUCCAGCCGCCGGCGGAAAAUCCGUCCCUCUCCUUUCUGUUACAGCCUACAGGGGCUGCCAUGGACACUGAGCUAUCAGAGGAAAUCAAAACGCUUGAGGAAUUUGUUGAAGGGCGCUUGAAACCUAAUCUUGUGCGUGCUAUUACUGAACGGGACAAGGUCUUUGAGCGGCAGAAGACUUUCUCUGACCUUAGAAAAAACAUUGAGAAUCUGGAGAAGAAUACGGUGACCAGUAUGAGGACACUCGUCAACAUUGGUGCCGAAAUCUACACGGAAGCUGAAGCGCCAGAUACUCGGCAUAUAUUUGUUGAGGUAGGACAUGGAUUUUAUGUGGAGUUUACAUGGGCUGAAGCUCUGAAGUAUAUAGCUGAAAGGGAAAAAUUACUAUCCAGGCAAAUAGAGGAGUACACUGGCAAAAUUGGAGCUAUAAAAGUUCAAAUCAAAGUGGCAUUGGAAGCUAUAAGGAAAUUACUCAACAUACCAGACGCUGAGCUAUAAUCUAUACGCGCUAUUCAACAUCAAAUUGUUCAGAGUUACUAAGAUAUUUUGGCAUAAAAAAAAGUGAAACAUGAUUUUGAUUGUGAGAGAAAUUUAGAUAGGAAAAGACUAGUCUUUGAAGGAGAAAUGGAGAAUGUAUUCUAUAAAAACCUGCCAUAUGCCUUUCCUUUUUCUUUUGUUUUUAUCAUCAUGUUAAUUUCCUGCUGA